GCCUACAUCACUUUUUUUCCUUUUCUUCUGUAUUGAUAUUCCCUCAAGGAUCUUUUACUAUGUAUUUAUUUCGGAUAUUACUUUUAGUAAUGGUCAAUUUCUUGUGUGAAGGUAUUAUUUCUCUGCAGCCUCCUCUCUGUUUGUUGACUAUUCUCUCCAAGCGCCUGUGUUUAUGUUGAAAGCUGUGACCGGAAAGGCGCCUAGUUAAUUCGGUCUGGCUUGACUCUGGUCUCUGUCCCGCAAGGUCCCGCAACUGGCAUGAGUUUAGGAUCUCUGAGUGGAAAAAAGAGGGGGGAAUGAACAACACGCCGCCAGGAUUACGGUUGCUCGCCAAAGGGACUGUAUUUGGGACAACAGCGGCUCCGUGAAUGCUCUUCCAGAAGUAUUUGCAGUGCAGGCUCAGGCCUCCUACGGUGAUAGGCCAGUUCCACACCUUGUUCUUCGGCUCGGUGCGGAUGUUCUUCCUGGGCGUUCUUGGCUUCGCUGUCUACGGGAAUGAGGCACUGCACUUCAGCUGCGACCCUGAUCGCAGAGAACUCAAUCUGUACUGCUACAACCAGUUCAGACCCAUAACACCUCAGGUCUUCUGGGCAUUACAACUGGUAACAGUGCUUGUUCCUGGGGCAGUGUUCCACCUCUAUGCAGCUUGUAAGAAUAUUGACCAGGAAGAGAUCCUCGAACGACCCAUCUACACCGUCUUCUACAUCAUUUCUGUUCUCCUACGCAUCAUUCUGGAGGUCAUCGCCUUCUGGCUACAGAGUCACCUCUUUGGCUUCCAGGUCCACCCGCUGUACAUGUGUGAUGCUAGUGCUUUGGAAAAGGCCUUUAAUGUGACCAAGUGCAUGGUGCCCGAACACUUUGAAAAAACCAUCUUCCUCAGUGCCAUGUACACCUUUACUGUGAUCACCAUACUCCUCUGUAUUGCUGAGAUAUUUGAGAUACUCUGCCGACGGCUUGGCUAUCUCAACAACCAAUGACACAUUCUACACACACACAUAAAAUGACUAAGGGUGAAAAUAUAUGACACUAUUUCUGCCAGUUUUUAUCGGGCUCUUGGUUAGCUGCUGCUGGACUUUCAUAAAACAGGAAGCUAACGUAAGAGCAAAGCCUCACCUGUGGUCCAUCGUGAGUGAGUUGCACCAAGAGAUUUGAGAAUGUGCAACAGUGCCAGAGCUGGCAAGUCUGAAAUAUUCUCUAGGUGUUUUUUGCCCUUAACGAUAGAGUGAUCAUCCCUGAUUGUAUUUCAGAUAUCAGCGGGUCUGUACUGGCUCAGUCCAGAGGUCUUGUAUGGACAUGACGGCCAGAGAAUAUGCACCUCUGACUCUGAACUGUUGGGGGUGAAAUAGAAAGAUUUCCGGUUUUCUUUUUUACCACAAGAUGACUGAAAGACAGGCGUCAACUGACUUCAUGGUGCUACUAAAAACUGUGACCAUUGUUGAAUUAGAGCACAAGGAAAGCCCUGGAAGGAACACCCUGGGAGUAUUAGCUGCACACAUUUUUGACAUUUGCUUUAUGGCCUGGGGUGCACUAAAUGCAUUGAAGUUCAUCAGACCAACUUGAUUCAUCUUCUCUGAACUUUGUUCACCUAUAGUGUUCCAACAAUGGACCUAAAAAGCUCAGUUUCAGGAGAUUUCUAAAGUUGUAGAAAGCUUUGAUCAAAAGGCAUGAAGUCUUCAUGUCAUGUGAUAACAACAAUGCAAAUAAUUUAGCUAGUUGCAUAAUCCUGUAUAAAAGUGCAUAUAAACACUACAGUCUAGCUUGUCUACCAGGUGCUGAUCAAAUAUGACAGGCAGACUAUAGAGCUGGCCAUGGAUUAUCACUUGUGUCAUUCUUGGGAAGCUGUCAUCCAGUAACUUUACCCAUGGGCGAGUGAAUUGCAGGUGCCAUUGCUCCUGACACUUCCAUGUGUGAUAGUUAUCGCUUCCAAUAUGUGUCUGCUAUCGCUUCCAGCCCAUUCUGACCUUUAUCUCCAUCAACAUUAGCGCCAAAAUUUUGUUAUGGUCUUUUGAUGGGGUUGUCUGCCUUUUCAAAUAUCUGUUUCAGAUUGGUGGGUCUUGAACAACCUUUAACGUGACUUGUAGAAUGAGAAAAGGCUGUCUGAAACAUGCUGCCAAUCUCAGGCGCCAGAAAAACUAAAACAAAUGGCUCAGUUUACUUCCAUGUGAUGUAAAGGCAUCUUCAAUCUAUGAUGUAUCUUGACAAUGAUGCCAUCACUAAAAAUGGUAUAAAUGUAGUGUUUUAUUCUUUGUGGGUAAACACCUCCCCAAAGAAAUAAAAUUAAUGAAAAAUGGGUGUGAUGUAAUAAUCUUAAAAAAGCAAGGAAUCAAACACUCACUUAGAUUUUGAAAUUUAAGGAUGAUUGACUUACACAAAAAAUAUUUAAAUUUGGGUAUACACAUGUGUUGGAAUGAAAAUAUUUAAAAUAUAUAACAGUAGUACAA